AUGCCCUGCUUCAAGGGCAUUGCGGUGAGCAUCCAUGCGAAUGGAACCCCGCUCCCCGAGCACGGCAUGCAAAAGCAGUCGAGAUUCUCGAGGAUCAACACCUUCAUACCCGUGCCCAGUCCCACCCUCAGCGAGGACUCUGGCAAGACCGAGCCUGCAAAGUUCGCCAUCUCCAUCACCCUCCUGACGCCAGGCCUGCCCAUCCCCUACUCGACUCCUCGCCCAAGCUCCGACAAUCCUGAGCCCACACCACAGUUCGCCGCGAGGGAUAUGGCCUCCAGCAGGGCUGGCAAUGGCGUUAACCCCUACAUUCCCAUGACCAACAGCGAGAACGAGACUGUCGCUGCCUACAUCUACUUCGACGGCCGCGCAAAGGAAGAGGUGGCGACACUCCUAAGGCCCGGUGAAGAGACCUGGGUUAAUAGCAGAUGGGUUCAAGUGCCCGAUGCCGAGGGCGGAGGGCUGGCCGAGAGGGAAUUCCUGUUCCGUGAGGUCGGCCUGGAGCGAUGGCUGAACGGCCUGGACCUAAAAGGCCAUGACGCCGAGGAACGGCUGGAGAAGCGCCGACAGAAGUUCGAGCGCCGGCGCAGGAAGCAGAGAGGAGAUAACGAAUCCACAUUGCUGGGCGCCCCUGCAAAUGGACCGCGAGACACUUUCCGGUACGGCAACGACGAGGGAAGCCCUGUCGAAGCGGUGUUUGACGAGGACUCCAUGUCUGAUUCAGACGAUGAGUUCCCCGAGGCCGCAGGGCAGAUCAAGGUCGCCAUGUUCCGCGUGAUCGCAUCUGGUGAAAUCAAGAAGGGCGAAUACUCGCCGCAGUUUGGUGCUCAUGACGACGAUGACGAGGUUGGCGGCGGAAAUUCAAACGGGGUCGAUGCGGAUGUCGAGCAUACCACCAGCUUUGCAAAACCCAAGACCUUGGAUCCCAAGACGAUCAGCACACAGACGGUAACGGGUAUCGAUGGGCCAGAGAAGCCCUAUGCCACUUUUACAUUCUACUAUCGCGGCGAGCGUCAACUCCAAAAGAUGGGCGUUCUUCCCUCGGCCAAGGCGCAAGCAACCACUCCCGCCGCAGCGAAGCGACGAUCCGGCCAGCUCGACUUCUCCAACCUCGGCCCUCUCAAGACCACUGGAACUGUUGGCUUUUCCGCCUUCAGAGACCAAACAGCGGAGUCGUCCAAGAGGAGGAAGGGUCGCAAGAAGUCAAAUGGCAGUCUAGGCGCCAUGGACGAGGACUCCGAAGAAGACGACGAGGAGCCUGAGAUUAUUGGCAAGAUGGAGGACAUCUACGACAAGGAUGUUAAGCCGAGUACCGCGCCGGAGGAUGUCAAGUUCACGGGUGAACUUGCAGAAGGCGUUGAUCGUAUCAAGCUCAAGAGGCAACGAUCAGCCGAACCAGAGGGUACCGCCUCGCCGGACCCAAGAUCUCCUAGCCUGAACCCAGCUGCCUCGCCUCCCAAUUUGAUGUUUGGGGGUGACGGCUCGCGCGCCCCUGGACUUGCGCCGCCCUCAUUCUUCCCACCAGGCCUGUCAGAGGACACCGCCGCUGUCGGCAGUCCGCUCAAGAAGCAACGCGCCGGCGCCCUGGAUGACGGAUCGGGACAGCCGUCUCAGCCCGCUCUGGGAGUGUCCAAGCCCAAGGCCUCCACCUCCGCGCCUGCUGCGCCGGCGGCCCCUCUCGCGCAGAAUGCGCAGGCUGCUCAGGCACACGAGGACGAAGAGGAACUAUAG